AUGGAAGGGCUGCGGAGGGACUCUCGUCUGCGGCUGCCGGCCCAACGCCGGGCUCGGCGGGCCCGCGGCCUUCCCCCCCUGCUCCCAGCGACUCAGCGGGGGCUGCGGCCGCCGGGAGCCCCGUUUGGAAAGGGAGAGCCCGAGCCUUGUCCCCGCUCCGGGCGGCUGAGCGGAGCCUGCCGGGGUGGAAGCGCUCCCGAGUGCCUGGGGUCGCCUGUUACGCCCCGAUGGGCUUUUUUUUUCUCCAGCUUGAUUUCUGAUACACUGAAGCGGUUUGCAGUAAAAGUAACAACAGCCAGUGUGAAGGAGCGGAGAGAGAUCCUCAGUGAGCUGGGAAAAUGCAUUUCUGGGAAAGAUCUUCCAGAGGGUGCAGUGAAAGGCCUUUGCAAACUCUUCUGCCUUACUCUGCAUCGAUACCGCGAUGCAGCAUCCCGCAGAGCCCUGCAGCUGGCGCUUCAGCAGCUCGCAGAAUCCCAGCCAGAUGCAACAGCAAAAAACCUUCUGCAGUCGCUUCAGUCCUCAGGGAUCGGCAGCAAGGCUGGAGUUCCCAGUAAGAGCAGUGGAUCUGCAGCUCUGCUGGCGCUCUCCUGGACAUGCCUGCUUGUACGCACAGUCUUUCCAACACCUGAAAAGAGACAAGGAGAAACAUGGAAAAAACUGGUGGAGGUUCAGUGUUUGCUCCUUUUGGAAGUCCUGGGAGGUUCUCAUAAGCAGGCGGUGGAUGGGGCUGUGAAGAAAUUGAACAGGCUGUGGAAAGAGAACCAAGAUCUGGUGGACCAGUACCUAUCUGUCAUUCUUGGUCUUGAACCAAACCAGAGUUACGCUGCAAUGCUGGGACUUGUGGUGCAAUUUUGCACAGCCCAGAAAGAGAUUGAUAUUGUUAAACGAUAUAAGGUAAAUCUGUUGUACUGCUUUUUUGGGGGAAUAAGUAGCGUCACUUCCCAUCAUGGAGAAGGGGGCUGAAGAGAUGUCUCAGCGAGGUUGGUACUUUGCAUCUGCCCCUGGUUUCAUUAUCUGUCAAUUCAGUAGUCAUGCACUUCUGACUAAAACAGCUGGGAUAGAUUUAUAGAGGAGGUGCCAGAUAUGCGGCUUUUUGCUGUGGCAUGUGCAUUUAUGUAGACAGCCAACACUGCAGCUUUCUGCUUUCUCCCCUGUUGUAGG